AGAGAGAGAGAGAGAGAGACUGCGGGAAUGAGCUUUGAGCAGUGAAGCCGAUACACCGAUGGCGGCGAAGACUAAAAAAGGAAAUGAAUCUACGAAGAGAAAGCGAAUUGCAGCCGCGGAAGGUGAAGGAGAGAGAGCAAAACCGAAGAAACUGAAAUUGCCUUCGAAUCCUGUGAACAAGGGUUUGAAGAAACCUUAUAAAUUAUCCAAACACCAACACGAAUCUAAACCAAAAUUUCAGAAAUCAGAGACUGAUAAAGCGAAAGUGGAGCAGCCAAGCAAGAAAGAACGUCGUUUACACGCGAAGGAACUAGCAGAAGCUAGGAAGAAGAAGAGGAAGCGGCAUUACACUCUGGAACAAGAACUUGCAUCACUGUGGGAAAAGAUGAGGCUACGUAAUAUUACCAAAGAAAACAGAUCCAAGCUAGUGAGUGAAGCUCUAAAGAAGAUGCAGGGAAAGAUUCCAGAAAUUGCAAGCUCUCAUGUUUCUUCCCGUGUUCUUCAGACUUGUGUUAAGUACUGUUCACAAGACGAGAGGGAUGUUGUCUACAAGGAACUCCAGCCCCAUUUUCUCACUCUGGCAUGCAACACGUAUGCAGUCCAUCUACUGACAAAAAUGUUAGAUAAUGCUUCGAAAGAACAACUGGCAGAGUUUACUUCCUCCCUCCAUGGGCAUGUUGCUACUCUACUUCGCCAUAUGGUUGGCUCACUUGUUAUUGAACAUGCAUAUAAAUUGGGAAAUGCAACUCAGAAACAAGCUCUUCUAAUGGAACUAUAUUCCACCGAGCUUCAGCUGUUUAAGGAUUUGGUUACAACGAAAGAGGGCAGUUUAGUAGACAUAAUUUCCAAGUUACGUCUGCAAAAAGCUUCAGUCUUACGGCAUAUGGCUUCUGUUCUUCAACCAAUUUUGGAGAAAGGAAUAUUGGACCACUCAAUCAUACACAGAGCAAUGAUAGAGUACUUUAGCAUUGCUGACAAGUCCUCCGCCGCAGAUGUGAUUCAACAGUUGUCAGGUCCAAUCAUUGUUCGAAUGAUUGGUAGCAAGGAUGGGUCCAGAAUUGGAAUGCUUUGCAUCAAACAUGGGAGUGCAAAGGAAAGGAAGAAAAUUAUCAAAGGAUUGAAAGACCACAUUGGCAAUAUAGCUCGUGAUAGAUUUGGGAGUAUGGUGCUUGUCUGCAUUCUUUCAAUUGUUGAUGACACAAAACUUAUAACAAAGGUUGUUCUUCGCCAGCUUGAAACAAUUCUAAUGGAGCUUAUAUUGGACAAGGAUGGAAGGCGUCCAUUGUUGCAGCUACUUCAUCCCAAUUGCCCUCGCUAUUUCAGUCCAGAUGAUCUAGCUUCGUUGAGUUUGUCUAUUCCUUCUCUCUGCACCAAGGGAGAUUCAGAAAUAGGAUCUGACCUGGGUAAACAAACAUCAUCUUCCGAGGUUGGUGAAGCAGGUGAGGAGGAUCGGAGCGGCACAGAUGAAAUUCUAGCUGAGCCUGACAGUAGCGAAGGUCCUGAAGAGAGUCCACACACAAUUGAGGGUGGAAAGAAGGAUCCUUUUGUACGACGACAAGAGUUGUUGAUCACUAGUGGGCUUGCUAAGAGUCUCAUUGAUGCAUGUGGUGAGAAGGCAGGAGAACUGCUAAGAUCAAACUUUGGCAAAGAUGUCAUAUACGAGGUAGUUAUUUUGUCUAUUUACUGAUGCUACGUCUCAAUAAGAGGUCAUCUUUGAAUAUCCAUGAUUGUGUUCUCUGGAAAGAUAUUCAUGCUUGGAUUCUUAUGACUAUUUGUUGAGCCCUAUCUGUUUUUAGGAGAAAUGUUCUGAUGAGGGGAAAUUAUUUUUAAAAUGCUAUCCAUGCAAUUGAUAAAUUAUUAUUCCAAUGAUAAACUUUUCAUUCCAUCGGUUUGAUUCAUUUCCUGCUUCCUUGACGUUGACUGGUCGUCUUUAAUUCUAAAUCCGUUGGAUUGCUGUCUUUGUUUUUUUUCCGUGUAAUGCCUGUAGAUUGUAACUGGAGGUGCUGGUGGCAUUCUCCACCCUACUUUGGAUCAAAAGCUAGGCACCCUAUAUGAAACUAUAGCAUCACUUGUGGCACAGCCUAGAUCGGAGGCACCGGUGGAGGAGCAUCUUCUUGAGCACUUCCAUUCUAGUAGAACCAUUAGAAAAUUGGUAUUAGAUUGCCCCACCUUUGCUUCCACUUUAUGGGAGAAAGCUCUGGAAGGAAAGUGUGAAAUGUGGGCCCAAGGUCACAGUGCUAAGGUAAUUAGUGCAUACUGGGAAACCUCAGAUUCUGCGGUACAGGAACUGGCAAGAGAUGAGUUGCAGCCAUUGAUAGAGAGAGGCAUUCUCAAGCUUCCUGAAACCGAUAAGUCUGGCUAAAGCAGGCUAAGUUAUCCAAGGAAGAUGAGCUGAUAACUCUCUUGAUUGAGCAAGCAUGAUUGCAUUGAAUCACUGGUGAGUUAAGAUGGAUAAAAUAUCUUGCGAUUAUGGUUAUUAUUUUCGGCCAUCUGGGUUUUUUAGUUAGGUUAGCACAAGUGAAUCUGAUAAGUUCUUUCAGUUAAAUUGGGGUUGGGGACAGGAGUAAAGUUGUGUCUGGGCUUGUACAAGUACAUGACAGUCUUAUUUAUCAGUUUUAAUUUAAGCUAACAUUUCAUGUACACUACUAUGAAUG